GUGUUAUUGUAUGCGAUUCCGCGGGCGGUGUUUGGGGGCGGUACCGUUUUGUUCAUGUUGUUAUGCAACGCAGGGCUUCGUGAGAUAUUUGGGUAGCAUACCUAUUUAUAUGGAACAGUUCGUGGUGCGUUAGAAGCGAACAGGUGCUCGUUACAGUGCAUUGUAAUAUCGCUUGCUCAAGGAACUGAACGCAAUAUUGUGAGAUGGCGAAGUUGCAUGCACUGUUGUUUCUGAUUUGUGUAGGCCUUGCUCAUGCAAAAAGCAAGUACAGCAAGGAGGCAAAUCAGGGUGCGAGAAAUGCCCCAGACCCCGGGCAGAGUAGUGAUGAUGCACCAUUUCGAAUGUCCAAGAUAAAUCAGGUUUGGAUGAAGGCAAAGAAGGUGCUCAGCGCCGGAAAGCUGGAGGCGCUAAGGUCCGCGCUGAUGCUGCAGGACAAGCAGGAGCUGACGUGGAAGCGUGUGAAGAACGAGGGCGGCGACAAAGACGGCCUGAAGGAGGCGCAGCUUCGCACGCAGCUGCUCGAGACCCUGGACAAAUACGGCCUGGGUCGGUACCGGCCUGAGGGGGCGACGGUGGCGCGUCCCGCCAGCGCCGCCAGCUCCGCCGGCGCCAGCCCCCCCAGCCCGGCCAGCGCCGCGCUCCUCUUCAAGGACAAGAAGCUGAACCGGCUGUGGGAGAAGGCGGAGAAGGCGGGCUUCUCGCAGGAGGAGCUGAAGCAGCUGCGGGAGGAGUUCCAGCACCACCAGCAGCGGUUGGACGAGUACUACGAGCUGGUGGAGGAGCAGCAGCAGGCGCGCGAGCAGGCCGAGGAGCUCAGCAACGAAAUCCUCGAGUCCGACGAACCUGCUGCGAAGAGCCUCAAGGCGAACAAGUCGUACUCCGACUAUAAGUCGCGCAUCAACGAGCUCCACGAGACGGUUCGCCAGGGCUACGAUCGGCUGCACGUGGCCAGCAUCAGCGGCCUGGCCGGCCGCGACUUCACCGAGCCCAAGGUCGACGGCCUCUGGCAGAUCGCGCUCAAGGCCGACUUCAACGCCGAGGAGUUGGAUUCGCUGCGGGUGGAGUUGAAGCACUUCGAGGAGCGUCUGAAGAAGCUGCGGCAUAUUCAGCUGGAGAUGCUGGGGGCCGACCAGCGGCACGGCUUCGACCGAGACCCGCCCGAGAAGUCGGAGGGCCGCAAGGUGUACGACCGCAAGAUCCGCGACCAGGAGCGCCACGUGGAGAAGCUGCAGCUGAUGCUGGAGGACAAGAUCCUGAACAGGCACACCGAGCUGUGACCCCGGCCGGCCGCCUGCUGGUGGGACGGUGCACACACUGGACGGGUGCGGUCAGACGGCGGCGACGGCCGUUGGUAGCAGGUGUUGCUGAACCUGGCUGAUGGUAGCGGCCUGCAGACCAGGGUUCAUGUUUAUUUUACGGGCUGGCGCGUUCACACGCAGAUACAUUUGUCUGGCAAGCUGGCACGUCCCACCGAAGAUCGGCAUUCAGCUGACUGUCGUGUCAACGGACUGAUUCAAACACACAGGCAGAACCGGAACGUUAAACAAGUACAUGGGUGAAACAGGGGUGGUAAACAAAUUAAGGGAUACCGUAGGGAUAACAGGACGAACGAGAUCCAGUCGAGGUCCAAUCUGAUCGCUGGUUCAAUCUCCCGAGUCCCAAGUCCUGAGUCCUGAGUCUCGAGUCCCGAGUCCCGAGUCCCUAGUACCGAGUGCAGAGUCCCU